AUGCGGGAAAUCCAAGAGGCUCAGAAGGAGCAGCGGGCGGCCUUAGAAAUGCUGACGAAGCAAAUUUCUCAAGUAGCAAUGUCACUUGGCGAGCUGAAGGGAAAUGAAGGAAAGAUCCCGGCCACUGUGCAGCCACCUGGUCGUGAGAUCAUUAGCGAAGUAUCCCUGAGAUCAGGAAAAGUCUACCAGAGCCCUACUCCACCUAUGAAAUCUCCAGCAUCUAUGUCUGGACCGAGCCAUGAAGAAGAAAGAGAAUCCAGUAGAGCAGAGCAAGCGAAAUGGAGUGAAAAAGGCAAGGCAAAAGUGGGAGGUGAAUCCUCAGAGGAAAGUCAGAGAGAGGAAGCUGAGAAAGUUAAGCCAUAUCCGUACCGAGGAAUGGUGACAAGAAAGAGGGACGCCACGAUCGACGUGGCGAGUAUGUUUAAGGAUGUGGAGGUAAAGGUGCCGCUCUUGACGGCGUUAAAAAUGUCCCCGAUCAGCAAAUUCAUUAAAGACUACCUGGCAGGGAAGGUCAAUGAGGAGGGUAGAAUGAUUGCAGAUGAGAAUAUCUCUGUCGUAAUCCAGCGGAGUGAUCUCCCUUCAAAGAAGACCGACCCAGGGAUGUUCACUCUCCCGAUUUCAAUCGGAGAUAUUCAAAUAGAGCAUGCGAUGUGCGAUCUCGGGGCAUCCAUUAAUGUGCUGCCAUAUACUAUCUAUGAGAAGCUGGGAGCAGCCAAGCUCAUCGACACUGACAUAAUGAUCCAGCUGGCCGACAGAUCGUGUAUUCACCCGGAAGGAAUUCUGGAAGACGUUAUUGUGAAGGUGAAUAACUUUCUGUACCCAGACGAUUUUUUGUAA